AUGCCCGUCCGACUGCUCGCCUUGGUUUAUGUAUUUGACGUGUUGAAGUUCUCCCGAGGAGAAACUCUCAAGCUCGAUGUGAAGUACGGAGAUAUUCCCAAAGAGAACUUUGGAUUGUAUCAUACUCUGGUCGGCGAGAAUGGCCAGGAGCUACAUGCCCUCGUUGACACUGGGUCGGGUUCAUUUUUCUUCAUCUGGAAGGAUUGGUACGAGAAAGCCAGUGGAGACUCCUGCAGUACUUGUUCCAUGGGGUGUUACGACUGCUCGGAGCCUUGCUCUGUCGGAAAAGUGACGAGAACUGUUACUUUCGAGGACAAAUACACGGUGAACAUUUUUCAGCACAAGUCUAAAUUAGCCAUGGGUCAGGUGUCGCAGAUCCUCACUUUCGGCCUGAUAUUCGACCAAAAACCUCCCAUCAGUGAAGUUCCUCCGACUAACUCGAUGGGUCUUGGCUAUGAUCCAGGUGACGUGAACUUCCCGUCUCUGAUGACGCAGUUGAGAUCAUCAAAAACUAUAACGACCGGGAUCAUUGCUCUCUACUUGUAUCCUCCCGCUGAUCCCAAGGAGGCAUCCGCUGAUGGAGGCCUACUCCUGGGUGGAGGCGAUCCUGCAUUAUAUGAGGGAGCAUUGAAGUAUGUCGGCUUCUCUACGGACGAAGAGUACACGGUACGUAUUGACAAGCUACAAGUCGGUGAUGGACAUAUAACCCUUGGAAUCAAUAUGAACCUAGAGCUCGACACUGGCGCCAACUAUCUAUACGUUCCAACAUUAUACUAUGACAGUCUCAUCAAGGAAAUUGGAGCUCAAACUGAUAAGGCUGCGGGUACGCAUGUCGACUUCAAGUUCGACUCAAUAGAGAAGAUAUGGUACUUCCCUUGCCAAUACAUGGGCGAGUUGCCACUGUUGAAGUUUGGCUUGGGCCCUAAAGGCAUAACUCCAUUCACGAUGACAUACGCGAACUAUGCCAGGAAUCAAUAUGGUAUCUGUAUACUCAUUAUCGCAAAACAGGAAAAGAAUGUUUGGACUUUCCCCGAUCGUAUGCUGAUUGGUAAUUAUUUCGAGUUCCACCCUACUCUUAAACGAGUCGGAAUCGGCAAAUUGAAGCCGCGAUCUUCAUAA